CGUGCCGCCCGCAGGGACGCGGAGGACGCCGUCUACGGGCGGGACGGCUACGACUACGAUGGGUAUCGCCUCCGCGUGGAGUUCCCUCGGAGCGGCCGCGGCACCGGCAGAGGCGGCGGCGGCGGCGGAGGGGGAGGAGCCCCCCGGGGCAGGUACGGCCCCCCGUCCCGGCGCUCGGAGUACAGAGUGAUCGUCUCGGGGCUGCCUCCAAGUGGAAGUUGGCAGGAUUUAAAGGAUCACAUGCGUGAAGCAGGUGAUGUAUGUUAUGCUGAUGUUUUCCGAGAUGGCACUGGUGUCGUGGAGUUUGUGCGGAAGGAAGACAUGACCUACGCUGUGCGAAAGCUGGAUAACACUAAAUUUAGAUCUCACGAGGGAGAAACUGCCUACAUCCGUGUUAAAGUUGAUGGCCCAAGAAGCCCAAGCUAUGGAAGAUCUCGGUCCCGCAGCCGUAGUCGUAGCAGGAGCCAUAGUCGAAGCAACAGCAGAAGCCGCAGUUAUUCCCCAAGAAGAAGCAGAGGAUCUCCACGCUACUCUCCCCGCCACAGCAGAUCCCGAUCUCGUACAUAAACAUCACUCUAGCUCUGAUCUUUUUGUAGAACCCCAUGUUGUACACAGUUUUCCUUUACUUAGUACAGUCUUUCAUUUUUUUUUUAAAUUCCAACUGUUUUACUCGAAUUGGCUGAAGUGUUGAAUUGCAUUCUUGUGUAAAAUCCCUAGUGAGUAUUUGCUCCUCCACACCGACAUUCCCCUCCUGUCUUUGGUAAAUUGUAUUUUAAUUGCUGUCAGUCAGGAUUGUUCCGGUUUAGUUCUAGUUCAAUACCAACAUUCUUGGAGCCGUGGUAUUGCUGUGUAAAUGUCUCAGUGUUGCGCUGUGGUCGAGACGAGCUGGGGAUGUUGGGAUGUUUGUGGCUAACUUGUCUCUUCUGGGGGAUCUUACAUUUUAUCUUGCCUUUUCGUGUGUCUUUCUGUAGACAUAUCUGAAGAGAUGGAUUAAGAAUGCUUUGGAUUAAAGGAUUGUGGAGCACAUGUCAAUCAUUUUAGGAUUGUCAAAAGGAGGAUUGAGGAGGAUCAGAUCAAUAAUGGAGGCAAUGGUAUGACUCCAAGUGCUAUUGUCACAGAUGAACUUGGCAGUAUUGACCUUAUACUGAGAGACAGGGGAAUUGAGGCCGAGCACCUACGUGUCCCCACGUGUCGCUUCAGGCAUGUUCUCGUGACCGCAGGCUGCGAUUGCUCUUCUCUUUUAAAACUUCCUUUUCUGGGGGGGCAAUUGUGGCCAAAUCCCUGCUUUUGUAAUUCUCUAUUCCAUUCUAGUUUUUUAAAGGAAUAACCGGGGCCGGGGGGGGAGUAUUGGUUUAUUUGUCCUGCAGCGUUUGGUUACAAGUGUCCAUGUCCGUAGUAUCCGUACACUUGUAGUAGAACUUGCAAUCAGAGUAUAAUAUCAAUACUGCUAAAAUCUGCAUGUCCUCUGUGUGACUGAUACAGCGUGGCUGUUGCAUUUUUAUAAGUACCAGAAUGAAAGCAAAAUAAAAAUAGCAAACCUAGUGGGGAAUAGUUUAAGUCUCAGCCCUUCCCCCUCAGACUAAUUCACGAUUGACUCACAAUCCGUGUGAAAACACUGAUUGUUAACGUUCCCUCCAGCUGGGAGUGCAGCUGUAGUCCAGCCAUUCCAUAGUAGGUGGAUAGACCGAGCAGUUAAAGCUUUUCCAGUUUAGUAAAACCAUUUUUUACAACCACAAAACCUCGUACCCACCAAUGCGCUGAGUAUGUUGGCAUUUCCAGUUGACAUAUUGUAAAUAUUUACAAUGUUUCCUCCAAAUAGUAAUUAACAUUUCUAAAGAAAUUAUCUGAGCAUCACCAUUGGAAAGUUUGUUUUGGGGAAUUGAUAGUUAUUACUGUACAUCUGAAUUAAUUGAUGGCAAACAUAACUGAUCAUUCCCCAGAAUCCUAUUUUUUCAUUACAGUAUCUAACUUUUUGCCUCCUCUUUUUUGGUUUUGCUGGUUAUAAAGGUUUGGAUUGGAGAGGGCUCACUGGAUCCCAAUCCUUGGAGCUGGAUCAUUGGAUUCAAAUCAUAAUGUGGAUAGGAUAGGGAGGCUGAAUUACAAGGAUUCAUGGAGCGGGAUCAAAUUACCAGGAACAUAGGAGUGGAUUCCUGCCCCAACCAAACCGCAUUCGUGUGGAUUUUUUUAUUCAACUCAAUUGGCUAUUCCAAAGAUAUUUUUUUUCCUAUUUUUGACGAUUGGAGCCCUUAAGAUGCACGAUGGAGUUUUGCAUUUUUUUGGUAAAAGGAGCAAAGCGAGGACCUGGAGAGGUACGCUGGAGCAAUCUCCUUGGAAGGAUUCAGCACGAGUAGAUGGUAAACCUUAAAGGGGAAAAAGGGGGGUUUGUUUAAAAAAAAUAAAAGUAAAUAAGUCAUUUCUCUAAAUUUAAAGACCAAAAUUGGAGUUAAAGAUGACGUAGGUUUCAAUUGGCCGUUGCUUUUUUUUCUUUGACAAAUAAAAUUUUUACAAAAACA